UUAAUAAACCACCCCAACCCUCCUCCAUAUUAACUAAACAAUCAAACAAACAAAAAAACCCUAACAAGAGUUCCAGCUCUCUUUACCAUGGUGGCCAUUGAACAUCGUUCUACAUCGGCAAAUACAACUUCUACAUCCAUCUUAUCGCCCACCUCUAACACUUCGGCCACUUCCGCCUCCACAUCGGCUGCCUCUACAUCAUUGUCCACCUUAUCGACGGCCACUGCAAACACUCACCUUAAGAAAAUGUCCUCUACAUCGGAUACGGUAGCUGUAACGGUAGCUGCCUCUAAGAGUGCUGUUAGCCAGCGUGAUGUUGAGGUUAAGGUUUCGAAGAAGAAACCAACCACCGUCAGUACACCUCCCAAAGAUGCCACUGCCCUGGAGCUGUCGAAAAAGGUAUUGAAAUUGGAUUUGACGGGCAAGGAGGUGGAGGAGUAUUCCACGAAAUCGCCCAAAUCACCCAUAGUAGGCCGUUUACCCCAUCAAACAUCUUUAAACUCCAGCGUGGACGUAGAAGAUCGUAAAACUUUGCGUGAAGCCCUGUACCAGGGUAUAUUCCAUCGUCAUCGAAGAACCAUAUUUGCGGUGGGCAGUUUCCUGCGCAUGCUGCGCAGUCGAAAUUCGCAAUACAAUACCAUACGCAGCUCAUCGGAAGGUGAAGACAUCGAUGAGGUCAGAUAAAAUACAAUGGGUGAAAAUCAAGAUAUAAAAACGUAAUAUAUACAAAACCGUAACAGUGAAAAUAUUAAAGUAGAAUUCAUAAAGAAAAUAUAUAAUUAAAAAUUAAGCAAAUGUAUUUUAUAUUUAUUAUAAAUUACAUUAUAAACUUUAUAAAUAAUAUUUGUAUUUAAAAUGGAAAAAUAUAACAAAACAAAACAAAAAGUGGGAACAAGUUCUUAGAAUUCAAAUAAUUUGUGAAAAAAAAAUUCUUAAUUUUUUAGUCAACAAAGAUAAUUUAAACCCCUUUUGAAUAUACAACAAGGUAAAUCUAAAUUUAAUAAAUUUUUUUUUUAAAUUUUCUUUAUUUUUAUUAAAAUUAGCAAACAUUUUGUAAAUUAAGUUAAAUAUUAAGAAAAAAAUCUUUCAAAACUUGCUUUCAUUUAACCUUAAUUAUAUUACCAGUUUAUAUUAGUUUGUGUAGUUAUUAGAACUUAUAUAAAUAUUAGUAAAAUUAUAUAACUAUUUUAUUGUUAGAUAAACGAUUCAGGUUUUUAAUCGCAUUCCAUAUAUUGUUUUUGUUGAGUUUUCUUGUUUUAUAUUAUUUUGCACAUUUUAAUCAAAACUUUUUAUUAAAUAUAUUUAUAAAUAAUUUAAAUAAAACGUUUAACUAUUUAUUCUUUUAAUUUCUAUAAGAGAAUGGUAAACAAAUGUGUAAUUAAAAUGUUUGUUUACUUUAAAGGUUGCAAAAGAGCCGACAUUUUAAAACAACAGCUGUUGUUUACUUUUGAAAACCUUGAUUAUUUGUUUAGCUGAUGUGCGAUGUGACAAAAAUCAAAGUUUGAUUGAAUAUUUUUCAACAUAUUCAAGUUUUAUUAGUUUCUUUUAUUAUAACUUCGAUUGUUGUUUAGAAUUUAAAUCAUUUUGUAAAGUUUUACAACUUUUUAUACAAAAAAUGAAAUUUUUUAACAUUUUACCUCAAUUUAAAGGUAAUUAAGGUUUGUUCUAAUAUAAUUGUUUUAAAAUAUUAAGAAAACACUGGAAUUUACUAGAAUUUUACUAAUUUAUUUAAAUUGGUAUCAACUGUGGCAGCAUUUUAUAAAGCAUUGGCAACAUUGUUAUUUAAUAGUAACGGUAAAAAUAGUGAUGCCAAGUAUUAUACAUCAAAAUUUAAAGAAGUCGCUAAAAAGUCAUAAAUAUGAUCAAGUAAAAGCUUGAAAAAAGUGGGUUUUAAUAUUUUUUAUAUCAAAUUUAUUAAAAUACUAAAUAAUUAAUGGUUUUUGUGUAGUAGAAAGUAAACUUUACAUAAAAGUUCAUUAGUUUUUAUAUAUUUUACCAUAAAUAAAAGUGAUUUUUAGGCUUUUUAUAAUGUAAUUGUUUAAAAAUAUUAAGAAAAGUCUGAAAUUGAAGGAAUUUUUUAAUUUAUUUAAAUUGGUAUCAAAUUGUUCAUGCUUUUUCAAAUAAAACACUGUGGCAGCAUUUUUAUAAAGCAGUGGCAACAUUGUUGUUUAAUCGUAACGGUAAAAAUAGUAAUGCCAAAUGUGCGAAAUUAAAUUACAUUCAAAUUUAAAGAAAUCUAUAAAAAAAACCUGAAUAUUCAGCUAAAAAUGGUAGUUUAAAUUAUUUUCAAUAAGAACUUAUUUAAAAAUUCUUAAAAUAAUAAAAACGUAACGAAAUUUUUUAACAAAAAUUAAACUAUCAGGUAUGUAAAGAAAAUCUAUCUAUUUGAAAAGUUCUGAUUCAUUUGAAUCAAUUUCUUUUUGUAACAAAGUAAAGCUUAGCUGAUAUCAAAUAAUAUAAAAAGUCUGGAUCCUUAAGAUUGGAAUUUAAUGAGGUCCGUGGCUAAAUUUUAUUGGAAUUUUACUUUUUUAUUGAAAAAAUUUGCUUCAUGCUGCAAAACAAUGAUUAAGUUACCUCUAACAUUAAACAUAUGAAGCAAAAUGUAGAUUGAUAAGCUCUAAACUACACGAAAUUUAAAUAAAACUUUGAAGGAUUUUAAAAAAUUCGAUAAAUUAAUCAUUUAUAAUUGAAUUCUAACUCAAUUUUCUUAACAAAAAUUGUGUUUGUGGCUUUUUAGCAAGGUUGGCUAUCGAUUCAAAAUUGUAAAAAGGUAACGGCGACACUAAUUUGGAUUAUUUCAUUAACGGUGAUUUAGCGGUAACGUUAUUUUGGUUUAUUUCGGUAACGAUAGCUUAGGGAUAACGGUAUUUUAAUGAUAACGCUAAUUUCAUGCUAAAAAUCACACAUUUGGCAUCACUGUCAAUCAUUUGCUUACAAAAACAACGUUUGACAUAAAGCAGUGAUGCCAAAUUUGGUUUUUUGCAACCUGGGGCCAAAUUACCGCAUUCGUGAUCAAAUGAGCUAUCGUAUCGCAAAAUGAUUUCGAUAUCAAAAUUGUGAUAAAAUUUACUAAAUUUUUUGCUCGAUAUCGAAUGCCGUAAUCUCAAAUAAGAAAAUUACGAACAAUUUUACUCGGUAAUUUAGCCCCUGCUCAACGAGUUAUGCCCAAAUGCAAAAUGUGGCAAAUAUUCUAAUUCGAAAUAAGUGAGUUACAAAUUUACAGCAUUUAGAAAUACUAUUUUAAAACAUUUUCUGUAAUUCAGCUAAAUAAAUGAAUAAGUUGUUACUUAAUGUUUUAAUAAAAUUUUUAUGUUAAAGAAUACCCCCAUAGACAUCAUAUUAAAGUCAAAAUAUUGAAUUAUUUAGCCAUCAAAUUGUGUGAGAAACUUUUAACAUUCUUUCAAACAAAUAACAUGUCUAUCUACUUGAAGCAUUAACUACCUUUUUAAACAAUACUUUGGUUUUAUAAAGAAGGAAAGGAAAGUUUUUUGUUUUAACAAACUUUGUUUUAAUAUAUUUUAUUUUUUUAGGAAUGAAAAGAGUCAUGUAAAAUGAAAACGGACAUUACGUUAUUUGAAAAUUACAUCAAUCAAAUGUUAAACACAAACAAAAGAAAAAAAGUUUUUUUUUUAAAACAAACUAUUUCAAAAACUUUGCAAUAUGAAUGUGAGGAUGGGCUAAUAAUAUUAGGUAAAACAAAGUUUGAGUGAAAAAAAAACAAUUAAAAUUGUUUAAACGUUUUAUUAAAUAAAUAUUUAAUUCUUUUCUAAGUUUUAUUUCUUUGUUUAUAUUCUAAUUUCUUUAUUAAGCUUAAUUUUAUAGCAAAAAAAAAUACUGUUUCCCCCAACAGGUUUCAAAUAUUUUUUUAAAAUUUUUUUAAAUAAAAUAUUUAGUAAAUAUAUAUAUGUAUGUAUAUUAAAGCUGUUCAAACUGUUUAAAGCUUAUAAUUGACAAAACAAAAUACCUAGUGGCAUUUAUAUAACUACAUUUAAAAAAAAUUGUUGAGAUAUACGAAAAAAAAUAAUUAAAACUUUCAUGGUAGUUUAAUAACAAAAAAAGAACGAUUUAAAACUAAUAAAACAUUUAAAACUAAUGGCUGCAUAAAAGUACAUACAUAAAUUUAUAUAAAAGUAAGCAAAUAAAUAAGCAUUAAUAUAAAAUAAAAGGGUGUGACAAAACGAAAUUAGUAAAAUUUUCUAUUUUUAGUUGAUAAUUUUCAGUUUCAGUUGAUAAUAAAGUAUACACAGCUUUACUUAUACUGCAUUAAGGAAUUCAUUACAUAUUUGAUUAAAUAAAACUUUCAACAAAUUCUAAUUCAAAUUACCUCCAAAUAGUACUAAAAUUAUUUUUUAAUUGGCUCAAUAGCUUCAGAAAGAAAAAACAUAUUUGCCCUCCCUUUGUAAUCUUUAUUCAAGCGUUUUUAAUUUCCUUACAAUUAACGCUACGCUUUUAUUGUAUUUUUCAGUUUUUACUUUUACGCCUUAUUACUGAAAUUUCAUAAAACAUGUUGUGACAACAGCUAUACAUCUUUAUUUUAAAAAAUAACUUAAAAACCACUUUGCGGUUUUAUUAUUAUUUUCACUUUUAUUGCAAUAUUAUUUUCACCAUUUAUUUCUCUAUAAACAUUUUACAUACGUACAUGAUUACAUUGGUUUAUAAAUACAAAAACCUUCUCUUAUUAUUAUUAUUCAAAAUCCGCAUACCAAUGAUUUAUUUUCAUUUUAAUUUACGUUUUAUUUCUCAUAAACAAAUGGCAUUACUAUUCUGCAUUGACAUUACUAUGGCAGUUAUCAUUUGACAUAUAACGGUUUUUAGUAAACAAAACAAUGUUACACCCUGUUAAAACUACAAACCAGCUACAGCAUUACUACAAUAUACAUAUAUUUAAAUGUCAAACGUUAAAUUACAAGCCAAAUUAAGAAAAUGCCCAAUAUUUAUACAAAAAAAUAUAAAAAAACCUAACUGAAACAAAGCCUUAAAUUAUAAAAACUAAAUAUAAUUAAAACCUUGAACGAUAUUAAACAUAAAUAAAAAUUGAAACAAUAUACAUAUUAAUUAUAAUAAAAAAACUAAAAGGAUAUAUAACAAAAUUAUAUAUAUAACAAACGCUAUACAAUAACAUAAUUAUAUAUGCAAAAAACUUAUAAAUUAUUUAUAAAACUGAACUUGUUUUUUCUUAACUUUUUGUUUGUUAAUAUGUUUGUGAAAAGCUUUUUUAUUUAGUACUAAAUCAAUAUAAUUUGUUUAUUAAAUUUGUAGAAAAUUUGAAAAUAAUGAAAUUAGUUUUAACAAAAAUAAAGAAACUACUUAAUAAAAAGAAAUAUUAUUAACAAAA